CAAGAUGGAUGCGGGGGCCCGACGGCCUCAGCAGCGGCGUCGCCUCCUCCCGGCGUUGGAAGACCCUGUGGUCCCCGCAGGGCAGCGGCGCCCGCACGGAUGCAGUGAUGCUCUCAACAGCCACGGCCGUAGCCGCCCGUCCUCCUCCUCCUCCUCCUCCUGCCGUGUCUGAGGAGGUCUUUUGUCUGCGUCCCGAGCCGCAGGGAAUCACCCGCCGCGCAGACCCGCCGUCGCGGGCCGCAGCCUCGCCUCAGCUGUGAAGGGGUGGGGGCUGCUUCUCCGUCGUUGGCCGCCCUGGCCAAUAUCCUUCCCAUGAAAAUGGAGCCGGAUUUAUUCGUGACUCUGUCCGCAUCAGCCGGGACCACGUCGGACUCCCUGCUGACGUUUGGGGACCUGUUCCCGGAGCAGAAGGGGAAAUACUUCCUCAUGGACCUGGAGAAAGUGUCGGAGGAAUCCAGGGGGCAGGUGCCUGGUCCCGAUCUGGUGCUGCUUCCUCCAGAGACUCCUCCGCAGCCCUCGGUGCUUUUAGGGCCUGUUCUGCAGGAAACGGGAUCUGUGGCUUUCCAGCAAGUUUUGGGGGAGGUGAAGCUCCACCAGGACUUAUUUUCUGAAGGACCCAUCAAAUAUUUGUAUCGGUUAGAAAAUCAGGACCUCUGUCUUUUGGACCAAGAGACCGGUACUUCUGUCGCUGACAUGGAUCAGGAUUUAUCUGUUAGUGACAAGCAGAUGUCUUUGCUAGGUGUGGUUAAUGAUUCUUCUGAAGAGGAUUUUAAUACAGCUAUUACCUUGGUGCAGGAUCCGGUAGUCUCAGACCGGUUAACAGGUUCUGAAGAGCAGGAGCAGGAGGACCUUUAUGCUCUUGAUUUGGGCCCACCUCGGUCACCCUCACAGGAUUUACAAUUGAGCAUAGAACUUAGGGAGCAGAAAUCAUGUACAGAAAACUGCCUUCAAAAAGGUGAUGACAUUCUUCAGGAUCAAAGAGAUUUUUACUUAGGCAUGGACCAGGCUGCUUGCCCGGACACCAAAACCCAGCUCUCAGAACUUGAUCCAGUUUUUUCCUGUACUAAAGAGCCAGAGGAUUAUGUGCCCGGAAGAUGCCAGAAAAGUGUUUCAUUAAGUGCGGAGGAUUUAAAUCAUAGUUACCAAAUUAGCAAUGAAAUAAACUUCUUUCCCUCUUUCACUACUUCCACUUUGUGUGAUCUGAAGUUAGAUAUAGUUCAGAAUAACCUGGGCCAAUCCUCGGAUUUCAACCAGACUGAACCAAUUCCAAAUGAACCUUCAGGGUGUCAGGAAGAUGGCCCUCGCCUCAGAGCUGUAUUUGAUGCCCUAGACAGAGAUGGGGAUGGUUUUGUCCGUAUAGAAGAGUUUGUGCAAUUUGCUACAGUUUAUGGUGCAGAACAGGUGAAGGAUUUGACUAAAUAUCUGGAUCCCAGUGGACUUGGUAUCAUCAGUUUUGAAGAUUUUUAUCGAGGGAUUACAGCUAUCAGCAAUGGAGAUCCUGAGAGCCAGCUAUAUGACAUUGGAUAUGUCCAAGAAGACUCCCCUGCCUGCCCUGAUGAGUUUGAUGACUUUGUUACUUAUGAGGCAAAUGAGGUGACGGACAGUGCUUACAUGGGUUCAGAGAGUACUUACAGUGAAUGUGAAACCUUCACAGAUGAGGAUACCAGCACAUUAGUGCAGCACGAAAUGCACAACGAAGUAGAAACAGACAGCGCUAUUGAUUCUGCUGGUCACUCAGAGUGCCCAGAUGGCAUGGAAGAACCAGAGAAUGGGCCAUUGCUCCUCACACCUGACAAAUCCCACCCACAUGACCUGUCCUUGAGCUCAGACCUGAACAACCACUCCAUCGUUACUGUGAUCAGUGGGGAGGAGCAUUUUGAAGAUUAUGGAGAAGGGAAUGAGGCGGAAUUGUUUUCUGAUAACUUGUGUAAUGGAGAAGCCAGCUUUAGCAGCUCUUUUCUUUCUCCCAGUACCAACCCACUUGCUGCGAAACUGCACAGCAUUCUCACUGAUGAGGCAUUUGAAUUUUACUGUAGCCAGUGCCACAAACAAAUCAACCGCCUUGAGGAUCUUUCUGCUCGCCUGAAUGAUCUUGAAAUGAAUAGUCCAAAUAAACGACUCUCCAGUAAGAAGGUAGCAAGACAUCUACAUCAGACUGGGAACUUGACUGUAGAGGCUAUGGAGGAAACGUCUCGAGAUCCUAUGGACUGCACAGAUGAGGACAUUGCUGACAAGGUCAUCUUCUUAGAGAAGAGAGUGACGGAACUAGAGAAAGACACAGCAGCAAAUGGAGAACAACAUAGCCGGUUAAAACAAGAAAACCUGCAGUUAGUGCACAGAGCCAAUGCCCUUGAGGAGCAAUUAAAGGAGCAGGAAUUGAGAGCUGAUGAGAUGAUCCUUGAAGAAAUCAGAAAGCAGAAGGAACUCCUGUGCAAGAUGGAGAGAGAAAAAAGCAUUGAGAUUGAGAAUCUCCAAGCCAGAUUACAGCAGCUGGAUGAUGAAAACAGUGAGCUGAGAUCCUGCACCCCAUGUUUGAAGGCCAAUAUCGAGAGACUAGAAGAGGAAAAGGAGAAAUUGCUGGAUGAAAUUGAAGACCUAACCAUUCAACUCAAUGAAGAGCAGGAAAACAAAAGGAAAAUGGGAGACAAACUGAGUCAUGAAAGGCAUCAGUUUCAGAAAGACAAGGAGUCAACACAGGAGCUGAUUGAAGACCUCAGGAAACAGUUGGAGCACUUACAGCUCUUUAAGCUUGAAGCUGAGCAAAGACGAGGUCGGAGCAGCAGUACAGGGCUCCAGGAAUACAACAGCAGGACACGAGAGACUGAGCUGGAGCAAGAAAUCCGAAGGCUGAAGCAGGAUAAUCGAAAUCUAAAGGAGCAGAAUGAUGAGUUAAAUGGGCAGAUUAUAAACCUCAGCAUCCAAGGCGCAAAGAACCUCUUCUCUGCCUCUUUUUCCGAGUCCCUGGCAGCUGAGAUCAGCUCUGUUUCACGAGAUGAGCUGAUGGAGGCAAUUCAAAAACAGGAAGAGAUCAACUUCCGUCUCCAGGACUAUAUUGACAGAAUCAUUGUGGCGAUCAUGGAAACCAACCCCUCUAUCUUAGAAGUGAAGUAAAGGAAUGAAAUGCUGCCCCUCCAAUCCUGGUGACCUGGUGUGACCUUGCUGCUCUGAGCUUCAGGAGGCCCUGCUAAGCUCUCUAGACCACUAAGGUCUCAUCUCCAUCAAGGGGCAAGGAGGAUCACAUCCCGUUGCCUGAACCAGCCCAGAGCAAUUGAGAGAAAAGCAGAUACAGCUUUGGUUUGGUACUACCCUUGCUUGACUUAGCAGGGUGAAAGGGAAUAUAGUCGAGCAGAACCAGAAGCAGGGGGAAGAUGGAGAAAUGGGAAGGAGGAAGAACACUGCCUCCUUGCCAGUGGCACCAUCUGAGUACGAGGGUAGAGAAAUAGGCAAUGAUUCGAUGAGUGUGAUUUGAUUCUCCACCUUUAUUCUGGCAGAUUCCUUUCUCUCUUGAGAGAGAAAGGUUCUCCAAGCAUCUUGCCAUAUUAGAUAGACUAAUUAGAGAGACUUCUUCUGACUCCAGUGAACCAGUCCACUAUGAAUCCCUCAAAGCCCACUUAAAUUCUGAAAUGCUCGUGCUUCUAUCCAGCUCUUUUGGGGCCAGUCUUCCUCACAGGUGAUGUGCAGGCAGGUCUGCAGGUGAAUUGUGUCUUGACUCAGUGUUUCUAAGGUGCUUGUGCAGUGAGGUUCCUCCCUUAAACCUUGCUUGGCUUCUGAGUUCACACUUCAAGGAACGUUCUUGGAAAGUGACUGUCUGAUUUUUAGCAGAGUAAAAGGGAAAGGAAGCUGUUAGACUUCCUCUUCAGACAUGUGCUGUGUAUUCUGCCUUCUUUUUGAACCCAUUGGUGACACAUGUGAUCCAGGAAGUUCCUGUUUGAGGUCAAGUUGAUUUUAUUUCACACCAGAUGUAAAAGUGUGUUUGCAGCAGUGUACCCAGCUCCUUUUUCCCUGCUUUGAGCAAAUACAGUUGUAGCCGUGAAGGAGAUGGGUGAGAUGGAUGAGAUGGAAUUACAGAUGACUAGAGGGCAUUGGAAGGGACCAGAUGAAACAGUGGGUUAAAGUAGAAAUGUGGUUAUGAACUCUUGUAAAUGGCCUGUUUUUUGUCUUGAGGUAGAUUGAGAGGAGCUAGGCUUAGUUUACCGGCUGUUGGAACCAGAUUGGUAGCAGAUUCCCCCUCCCCAAUUCCUUUCCCAUACUUCCCCUCGCCCGUGUAGCCUUAGAAUUGCUCAGGCAUGCAUCUCACAGCAAAAAUUGGGCACGCUGCACCUUAACCAAGGUUCUGCCUCACCCUGUCCCUUGCUGUGGUGUAGACAAAGAAACAUUAUCAUGAGGACCUUCAGGAUUAUGUUCAGGAUUCAAGGAUUAUUGGUGCCUAGUCAGGAAUCCUUUCAGGCCCCGAUGGCUGAGAUCUUCUUGGGGGCAGUGUAGCUUACUACAAUAAUCCUUUUGGGGCAGGCUCUGUUAGUGAUAUUUUGAAACUAUACAGAAUAACCCUUCUCCAGCUCAUCUUCACUAUUUCUAUGAUAUGAAGCUUGUAUUCUUCUCAAAAUCAGUUGAGAGAAUAGGCUUUUGGUUUUAUAUUUAGUUCUUUUUCUUCAAAAUAGGAGAGAGAGUACCUCCAUUCUACUGGUUUGAGUACUGUAAGUACCUUGAUAU